AUGCUACACAGAAGGUGUUUCUUCUACAGAUUAUGCAGUCCACUGCAUACAACACCAAACCUUUUUGACAAAGAUUUUGGCGACCCUCACUCUAUGUCUGCUGAAGAAUUGGAACUUUAUAAAUUGUACCGUCAAGAACGAGUAACACCAACAAAACGUUCAGUGGACUUGUUAAAAACACCUUCCCUGAACAAAGGAAUGGGUUUUACAUUACGUGAACGACAGUGUCUUGGCAUUCACGGCCUGAUUCCACCAGCAUUUAUGACGCAAGAACAGCAAGCUUAUCGAGUAAUGCACAAACUACGAAAUCAACCCAACGACUUAGCACGUUAUAUACAAUUGGAUAAUUUACAGGAUCGUAAUGAGAAACUGUUUUAUCGUGUGGUUUGUGAUCAUGUAGAAGAGUUGUUGCCAAUUGUUUAUACUCCGACUGUUGGUCUCGCUUGUCAAAAUUUUGGAUACAUUUACCGAAAGCCAAAAGGAGUCUACAUCACCAUUAACGAUAACAGUGUUAGCAAGAUACAUCAAAUUUUAUGUAAUUGGUCAGAACCAGAUGUGAGGGCAAUUGUUGUAACAGAUGGAGAGCGCAUUCUUGGCUUGGGUGACUUAGGCGCAUACGGUAUUGGAAUACCCGUUGGUAAACUUUCGCUAUAUGUUGCACUUGGCGGUGUGCAGCCGAGAUGGUGCCUUCCUGUUCUGUUGGACGUAGGUACCAAUAAUGAGAAGUUCCUCAAUGAUCCAGUCUAUAUUGGACUUCGUCAUCGGCGUGUGCGUGGAGAGCAGUACAACAGUUUGCUAGAAAACUUUAUGAAAGCCUGUACAAAAAGAUUUGGUCAAAAAGUUUUGAUUCAAUUUGAAGAUUUUGCUAAUGAAAAUGCUUAUCCACUACUCGAUCGAUUUCGUCAUCGAUAUUCAACGUUUAACGAUGACAUUCAAGGUACUGCUAGUGUCGUUGUAGCUGGCUUAACGGCAUGUACUCGAGUUACAAAAAAAUCUUUUUCAAAAAGCAAAUUUCUCUUCUACGGUGCCGGCACUGCAGCAUUGGGUAUAGCAGAUUUGUGCGUACGUCAAAUGCAAUUAGAGGGUAUAAGCACAGAAGAAGCUAUAAAUCGAAUUUAUAUGAUGGAUAUUGAAGGCCUGGUGACUAAAAGUAGGAACAGUAGAAAUCGGAAUAUGACGUAUGCCAAAGAUAUAGCGCCAAGCAACAGCCUGCUAAAGGUAGUUGAAGAGGUAAAACCAGAUGUUUUAAUCGGGGUUUCGACAGAUGGAGGAUCAUUCACUGAGCCAGUGUUACGUAGCAUGGCAAAAAUCAACCAGCGACCAAUUAUCUUCGCCUUGUCUAAUCCUACAGACAAAUCUGAAUGCACAGCAGCGGAAGCUUAUCGGUACACUGAGGGUAGAGCGCUGUUUGCAAGCGGAAGUCCAUUCCCGAAAGUAGAAAUAAAUGGAACAGUUUACGAGCCUGGCCAAGGCAAUAACUCCUAUGUCUUCCCAGGCGUCGCACUUGGUGUUAUUCUUUUUCAAGUUCGUCAUAUUGACGAUGACAUUUUCCUUAUAGCUGCAAAGGAAAUUGCUUCACGCGUGACAGAAGAUGAUCUGAGUUGUGGUCGAAUAUAUCCACGUUUACAGGAUAUUCGUGAGAUAUCUGUAUACAUUGCGAUAGCAAUAGCUGAACAUGCUUACAAUAAAGGCAUUGCUGGUUUGUACCCAAAACCGCGAGAUUUGGAAAAGUAUGUUCGUGCUUAUCAGUACAGUACCAAGUACGAUGAUAUGAUGAGUGCUAUCUACGACUGGCCAGAAACAGAUACAGUUUUUGGGUUUCCGAUUCCCAAAAACAACAGAAAAGAUGACCAUUGA